UGGCUGUGUAUCUUGAAGAAAUGCUACUUUUCAACUUGAUCUGCUUCAUUGACACAUCUGAAUCUGAUAAGAUCAUGUUCUAUAUGUAUUUUAUAUUGAGAAUAAUAUCUCUUAAAUAAAAGUGAAAUGAUUAGUUUGAAAAAAACACAAGGAUCAAAUAAAAAGGAAUCGGAAAUAAGCAUUGAGUUUUGUUGGCGUAAGAAGAGGGGAUAGAGUCAAUGAGUCGUCGGUUAAGGGAUCAUGCACAUGCAAAAUGAAAAGAAAGAGUGGCAUCCAUGUCAGAUUGGUACACAUUUUUUUCCAACACGUAUUUGUUACUCCACCAAUAAUUACAAACUCACAGAGACUUCUUCAAAGACUUGGAGACUGCUGGGACCGUACCACACAUGCAAGAGUUGACUCUUGGUCUUGGAACGUAAAGGUUGGGUUUAUUUUUCCAUUAUGAUUCUUCCAAGAAAGUAACCAUCAUUAUUCAUAACUUGUUCAUGAUCAGUAUGUAUAUAUAAUGUGGUUGAGUGGAGUGAAAGGCACAAACAAAUCAGAUAUCAUCAAUAAUAUCUAUUAUAUUCCACUGAAAAUGAGAGUUAGAUACCAAAGUGUUACUGCAUGCGCACUAUUGGUACUUGUAGUGGUGGCGGCUGAAAUUGCAGAGUUAUGUAUUUCUGCAAAUUCAACGACUCUCCUCCACCCUCCAUGUCUUGAAAGAGAAAGGCAGGCUCUUAUGAAGUUCAAAGCAUCCCUGAAUGAUUCAUCAAACAUGCUUUCCUCAUGGCAUGGCGAUGACUGCUGUCGAUGGAAAGGGAUCGGUUGUGACAAUGUUACUGGUCAUGUUGUCAUGCUUGAUCUCACCACUCCUUAUGUGAAAUGCAGGAGAUCCGAGGCACAAAUUGAAUACACGUCGGAAGAACAUGAUUAUGAGGAGUCGUUAUCAAGUGAAUGUGACCCUUUCAUCGAUCAAUUAAAAGCUACGAAUGUUAAUUCGUCCCUACUGGAACUGGAAUACUUGACUCAUUUGGACUUGAGUGGAAAUCACUUCUGUUGGAGUCCCAUACCGAUGUUCAUUGGUUCUAUGCACCGCCUCAGGUAUUUAUCCCUCGCUGAUGCUGGUUUUGGCGGGGGAAUACCCAGCAAUCUUGGAAAUCUCACCAACCUCCACUUUCUUGAUCUGAGUUGGAACGAAUUUUCACCAGACAGCAACAUCAAUUGGAUUUCUCAAUUGCCAUUGCUGGAACACCUUGAUAUGAGCUUUAUUUACACUUGGUUUCAGGUUAAUAUUAAUCUCACUAUCACUGCUCCUAAUCUUCAAUUCCUAAGUCUUGCCCACAAUGGAUUUAGUGUGUCAAAUUUGGAUGCUUUACAAAACAUGACAUCUCUUGUGCAUCUUGAUCUUGGUGGGAACAAUCUUACUUCAAUUCCAUCUUGGUUUGGCAACUUCAAGAAACUUGAGUAUCUUGAUCUUUCAUGGUGUUAUCUUCAUGGCCCAAUUCCAAAUGCUUUUCAAAAUGCAACUUCCAUUGAAUUUUUGGACCUUUCUGAGAAUAAUUUUGACUCUCUUCCAUCCUGGUUUCACAAGUUUAAAAAACUCAAACAUCUUUUUCUUUCAUCUAAUAACUUCCAAGGUAGAAUUCCCGUUGCUUUACAAAAUAUAACUAGCAUCGAGUCUCUUGACCUUUAUGGCAACUCUUUUACUUCAGUUCCAUAUUGGUUUAUUGAGUUAAAGAAACUUGUCUAUCUCAAUCUUUCAAUUAAUAAAUUAACAUCUAUGGAAUGUUCCAUUUCAUCCAUUUUGAAAAGCAUGUGUCACCUGAAAAGGUUAUAUAUAGCAGGAAAUAGACUCCGAAAAGAAUCCAUUGGAAACAAUGAUUUGUCUAGCUGCAUUAGACAUGAUUUGGAGAAUCUUGACUUGAGUCAAAAUGAAUUUAACAAUCAUUUGCCAUCUUGGUUAGGACAACUUGAAAAUCUAAGCAACCUUGAUCUCCAAAAUAAUUUUUUCUAUGGUCCCAUUCCCUCUUCUUUUGGAAAAUUACUGAAAUUGAAAACAUUAUAUCUAUCCAACAACAAGUUAGAAGGGAAUCUUCCUAAUUUUUUGGGACAAUGUAUAAAUUUACAGGUGGUCGAUCUUUCAAAUAAUUCAUUUAAUGGAACGAUUAUUCAAAAUUUUGAACAACUUGUAAAUUUACAAAAUUUUGUUGUUUCAAAUAAUUAUCUAACGGGAUCCAUUCCUUUGAGUCUUGGCCAACUUAUAAAUCUGACUAUCCUUGAUUUGUCAAAUAAUUAUUUAAAAGGGAUCAUCCCUGCAAGUCUUAACCAACUUGUAAAUCUGUCUUUCCUUGAUCUUUCCAGGAAUAAAUUAGAUGGGAGAAUUUGUAUUGAUUUUCAAAAACUUGGGGUUCUAUCACACUUGGAUCUAUCUUCAAACUAUUUGAAUGGACCCAUUAUAGGGGAAAAAAGUUGGCCUUUGUUUAUCCCAGAAAUGUGGUAUUUGAAUCUCUCACAUAAUCAAAUCAGCGGCUCACUUCCUGAACAUAUUGGUCAUAUAAUGCCCAGUUUGGGGUCCUUGAUUCUUGGAAAUAACCUCAUAAAUGGUUCAAUUCCAAAAUCAUUGUGUCAACUUGAUUAUUUGAGUGUCCUUGACCUUUCAAAGAACAGUCUAUCUGGUAAAAUCCCCAAUUGUUGGAAGGAUAACAAAGAAUGGGGACAAAUAAAUUUGUCAUUCAACAAACUCUCAGGGGCUGUUCCAAGCUCAUUUGGGAGUCUUUCCACUCUGUUAUGGUUGCAUUUGAACAACAACAACUUUCAUGGAAAGUUUCUAGCGUCUGUCAGAAAUUUGACGCAAUUGUUGAUCAUGGAUCUCGGAGAGAAUCAACUUUCUGGCACCAUCCCAUCAUGGAGUGCUAACACAUUUUCUUCACUACAAAUUCUAAGAUUGCGGCAAAACAGGUUAAGUGGUAGCAUUCCUUCACAGAUAUGUGAACUAUCAUCACUUCAAAUCUUGGACCUUUCUCGCAACAAUUUAAAUGGUUCAAUACCUUGGUGCAUAGGCAAUCUUCGAGGAAUGACUCUUGAGGCUCCCGCUUUGUCUCCUACUUCACCUGUUGCCCAGGCUCCCACUUUGCCUCCUACUUCACCUGUUGCCGAGGCUCCCAAUUUAAAUGGUUCAAUACUUUUUGCUGAGGGUCCCAAUUUGUCUCCUGAUUCAUCUAUUGCUGCAAGUCCCGCCCCUCCUCCAGUAGAUUGGCAAACUGAGGAUGUGAUAGAAGUCGUGAAAGGAAGAGAACUUGACUAUAUAAGAAUAUUGAAGCUUGUAGUCCACAUGGAUUUGUCCGAGAAUAAUUUGGUUGGCUCCAUUCCAAAAGGAAUAACAUUGCUCGAUGGAUUGCAUACCUUGAAUCUAUCAAACAAUCAUUUGAUCGGAAAGAUCCCUAACAUGAUAGGGGAUAUGAGAUCACUUGAAUCCUUUGAUGUUUCAAGUAACCAACUCUCGGGUACAAUUCCAAGCGGCAUGUCAGCUUUAACAUCACUCAGUCAGUUAAACUUGUCACACAAUAACUUCUCUGGACCAAUUCCCACAGGUAACCAGUUUUUAACUUUUAAUCCAUCCAGUUAUGCUAGCAACCCAUAUCUUUGUGGAUCUCCUCUACCCAACAAAUGUGGUUAUUUACAUGAAGAUCAUGGGAGCAGCGAAUUUGAAGAUGAAGACAGCAACUUAGAUAAGUUGGAAAAGUGGUUGUUCUACUUUGUCAUUGCAAUUGGCUUUGCAACUGGGUUUUGGGGAGUUAUUGGGACUUUGUGGUUCAAGAAAACUUGGAGGCAUAUUUACUUCAGAUGGGUGGAAGAUUUAGCUGACACGAUCUAUGUCACAACUGCAAUAAAAAAGGCAAAACUGAAGAAGUGGAUGAUGAUGAGAAACCGUGUUGUUGUUUGAUCAUGUGUGUGUUUUUAUUUUUAUUUUGAAGAAUCAAAAGUGGUAAUAAAAUAAGAAAAAUGAGAGAUGUUUGAUGCAUGUAUAUGUACGAAUUUGAAAUAGAGAUUUUCAUUUGAUG